AACAUAGAGCAUACGGAGGAUAGUCAAUGUUCAAACAAAUUAGAAAUCGAAUCAAUAAGACCACACCAAACUAAACAAGAUCUUCAGAAAAAAAUACCAACAUGCCAAUGUACGCAAUAUACCAAAGCACAUUCACCUACAAUAAUCUGAUCAAGUAUAAGUGAUCCUGGUACAAGAAGCACCAUGGUACCAGAAUAUUAGCAAGGGGCGCAGGGUGUUACAUGAUGCACACGCGUUACACACAAGUAUUAUGAGUGCAAUAGUCUUGCGCGUUCUAGGUCAGCUGUAUAAUAGUCAGUCCAACAACAAAAGCAAGCUUUUCUUAUUUGCUUAAUUUCAAUCUGGUAUAUUCACACAUAUCCGUAUAAUAUUUGAUCCAGCAAACAAAUACUGUAAUGCUUUGCAUAAAGCUUUUCAAACAGAUAACAAGCAAAUUACAGGAAUGAUGACUCCAAACACUUUCUGGCUUUCUGUGACAAAAUUAAUAUUCUAAUGAAGCAGAACAUCUAAGAACAUACAAUUAUUAAUAUUGUUAUAUAGAAUAUCCUGAAGACAAUCUAAACCGUCCGUUGUGUAGAUCAUGACAUCAGAAAUUCAUCACAAACACAUUACUAACACCUUUAUAGUGAGCCCCUCCACAGUGGAUCAAGAGUGGGUCAAAUUUCUUAAGGACUAAUUAAACGAAUUCAAAAAACAACUGAUUGCAUAUGAGGCUAACUUUAUCUGCCUACCAGUUCCCUACUUUUGUCCAUCUAAAAAGCAGCACUCUUGAGCCACUUACUUCUCCCCUCUUCUCCCCUCUUCUUAAUAUCAAAUAACAUUAUAAAUACUACAAAAUAAAAAAAGUAGUUUACUUUGUUUCACUUUUGCCUGAUCCACUAAUACUUUAGCUCUUCAACAUAAACCAUUCCAGAUCUCCUUCAUUUCUAUACUCCAUCUGAGAGAUUUCUGCUCACAAAACAGCUAACACUAAAGCAAAUUAAUGGUUCCAAGAAAAAAACCCUUCUAGUUAUUUUUUUAUUUUUUAUUUUUUAUCUAGGAGCGUUGAUAUUGCCCUGGUAUAAACAGCAGUUUCACCUCAUGUCUAACCACACUGAAACAAUGCAAACUCUUCCACCUCCUCCCCAAAGACAACAUAACACACCAACUCCAAGCCAUUUUUCAAUAUCAAAGCAAGCUGUAAACCAAAAAACUCCCAGAAUGAAAAGCUCACCAGCGCCUUUUGUUAGGCUGUUAAGUAAUGACCCUUUACUCCUUCAGCCUCGUCGGACUCAUCCAUUAGUUUGGUGCAGUGCAAUCAUAUGCCUUGUGUUCUGUCUCCUUGUAAUCUUCCUUGGGAUCACAACUCUGAUUAUCUACCUAGUCAUCAGGCCAAAAUAUCCAUCGUUUGAUGUUCCCAACGCAAAUCUCAACACAAUCUACUUCGACUCGCCUGAAAAUUUCAAUGGAGACUUCACUGUGCUAGCAAAUUUCACCAACCCAAAUAGGAAAAUCAAUGUUAAAUUUGAUUACCUUGAUAUAAAGCUUUACUUUGUUGACAGGCUGAUAGCAACUCGAGCGCUUGAGCCGUUUAGUCAAAGACCAGGAGAAGCAAGGUUGGAGAUGAUUCACUUGAUAUCGAGCUUGGUUUAUCUGCCACCAAAUCCUGCAGUUGAGCUCCAAAGACAAGUGCAGAGCAACAGAGUCACAUAUAAUAUCAAGGGGACUUUCAGGGUCAGAGCAAAAGUGGGUAUUGCUCGCUUCACAUACUGGUUGCAUUCGAAGUGCCAAUUAGAAAUGACCAGUCCACCUCUCGGAGUUCUCGUAGCUAAAAAUUGCAGCACUAAAAAAAGAUAAAUAUGAAGAACAUCAAGUAUUCUACUUAUUCUUCGUCCUUUCCAUUUUUUGUUUAACUUAAUUAUUUUUAUAGGCGAUAUUACCUCUUAGUUGUGCUCAAGUUGUCUUGGUGUACAGAAGACAGAUUUAAAAAAUCCAGCUACAUACAUAUAAUGAUAUAAAUCACUAAAGAGUUGUAUAAUUUUUGUAACGGGAUAUUUCAUAUAGUCACUUCACCAACGAGAAUCAACAGAAUCAGCUUAGCAUCUU